AUGUUGCCUCUUGGCCUCCUUACGGCCGCGCAGGGCCACCCCAUGCUGGUGGAGCUUAAGAACGGCGAGACCCUGAACGGUCACCUUGUGACCUGCGACAACUGGAUGAACCUUAUUCUGCGCGAAGUCGUGCAGACAAGUCCUGAGGGUGACAAGUUCUUCCGCCUUCCUGAAGUCUACAUCCGUGGCAACAACAUCAAAUACCUCCGAGUCCCCGAAGAAAUCAUCGACAUAGUUAAGGAGCAGCAAGCAAAUCAACCACAGGGCCGACGCGGUGGUCACAGAGACGGCGGGCGCGAGCGAGGCCGUGGCGGUGGUCGUGGUCGCGGAGGGCGUGGUCGUGGUGGUGGUGGGCGCGGUGGUCCUGGCGGUCCUGGUGGCACUGUGUGUGAGGUCGCUCUCGGGGGGGGAUCCGGUUGGACAGUUUGGUCGAGCAUGGCCGUGGCGUAUCUGGCUCUAGCUCCGUCGAAGCUCAAGCAACUCGACAUGUCGCGGCAGGCGUUGGUCCUUGACGGACUGUGGUAUUCCUUAUGUCCCUCUUUUUCACAGCCGACACUUCGUCGCUCCGCGCCUUUAUUAAGGCCAAGACAGAGAUAUUCUAAAGCACGCUCGCCGCCAACUAUUCGCCUCUCCGCGCCGACGCCCACACCGACUUUGACGCCUAGACGGCACUACAGCAGUCAUGCAAGACCAUCCGAAGAAAAACAUAUUGGCAAUUCUACGCCAGUGUCAGAAAAUCCACGAGAUGCUUCGACACAGUGCCCAAACCCCCGACUACCAUCCAAUAUACACCACGACAUCACGACAGUGAGCAUUGACGAGUUAAACAAACCAUAUUUUACGGAUGAAGGCAAUUCGGUGACAGAGAGCUACGAAGAUGAUUCGUCCCCGCGCUCGGACCCUGGAAUAUCAUCCAACGACCCCCCCAAACCGAAACAACGAUCCCGCCCGUUAAGGAAAGAAUAUGGGCAACUAUGGAAAAAAUCACAAUCCGAUCUAGAGGCCAUCCUGCAGGGAGAGGAGAAUCCCGGAUUCGUUGGAACGAUAGAGGUGUUGAGAUCUUUGAUUCGCGAUCGUCACGUCGAACCGAGAGCUCGCCACUACAAGGCCAUGAUACAGGCGAAUACCGAUAACACUCUUGGAAAUGUGAACUCUGUCCACCAUCUUUUACAAGAGAUGGAAGACAAUGACAUUGCUGCGGACUCUGGUACCCUACACGCCGCUUUGCAGGCCUUUGCUGUGCACCCGGACUACAUCCUCCGCCAAGAAGUCCUUCAAAAGCUUCGAGACCGGUGGCUUACUCUGAGCCCUGCUGGAUGGCACUUUGUGGUCGUAGGACUACUUCGCGACCAUCAGUUCGAACUGGCACUUGAUCAGCUUGCAUUGAUGGAGCGGAAGGAAAUUCCGGUUGAAAAUUGGCUACACAGCUCGCUGAUCUACCACCUAUGUGAUGUCGAAGAGUUUGACGAGGUGUACCGCCUGAUGCGAGCUCGAGUGGAGCAGGGCCAUGACAUGACCACAGCGCUUUGGAAGCACGUAUUGGGAACAGCCAGUACGGCGGGACAUUAUCUGGCGACUUCUUACGUGUGGAAGCGUAUGGUUGAACUCGACUAUUUGCAACCUUCAAAGGAUGUUUGUAGCAAGGUACUAACGGUGGCUGAACUCGCCGAGGAUACCGAACUAGCCAAUUCCGUGUUCCGCUUGAUGGACAACAAAGGAAUGACGCCCGGCCAGGAAGAUUAUGCGACGCUUAUCAUGUCUAAGCUGAGUGCAGGCGACUUGCCUACUGCCUUUGAUGUGCUUUGCGCGAUGCAACAGGAGGGAACAAGUCCCAAUCAGGUCGCAACGCGGCCAAUGCUUGACUACAUGAUCAAACAUAAAACCGACCAUCGCGAGGCGUGGCAGAUCCUCAAGCGUCUGAAGAAUGAAAGACGCGACAUUCCCCUGGCCAGUGUCCAGGUCAUUGCCGAUCUGUGUCAUCACUAUGUCCGUAACGAUCCCUCUGUGGUGGAGGAUGCCAUCGGGUUCUACAAAGAACUCUAUACCCUGUGCCCCGAAGGGGCAAAUGUCGAUGUGUACAACUCGUUUAUCAUGAUGUGUCGAACGGCAGGGAACCGAGCCGCAGGGAUGUUUUUGGUGAAAGAAAUGGCUUCCUUCAACGUCAUUCCCAACGGCACCACUUUCGAGAGCAUCAUCCUGAUGUGUCUGGACGCGGGCAACUACCUCUCCGCGAGCAUGUACUUCGAAGAUUUAAUUAAAAGAGAGGGGUCGGUCACCCGGGAGACACAGAAAGAGAUUCGAAAACUCUGUGCGCGGUCGGUGGACGAGUACGCGAUGCGGUUGCAGUACCAUCCGAAGCUCCAAGAGAGCAUCAAGAUCGCCACCAGUGACGGAACGCCCAGUGGGGACGCUACGGGUGAGGCUGGACCCCGCGGCUUUGGGCGCACUAAGCUCGUGCACGAAGCGCGAAUUGCGUAUAACCGGGAUCGACGACGAAGAAAGAGAGCCCGGGCGGCCAUGGAACGGAAUGAAAACCAAGAAAACCGCCCGACCGAUGCGCAAGAUGAGUGGUACUAG